AGUUUAAUACUAUUUAAUUAUUAAAUAAUGUAUUAGUGAUGAUAUUUCGUUUUUUCUAGGACAAGCAUUAUUUAUGCGUCAUGGCUUCUGACACUCCUGAUCAAAAUUUGACUCAAUAUUUCUCUGUAUGCAAUGACUUCAUCCAUGCUGCCAGGCUUCGAGAUGGAAAUGUUCUAAUUCACUGUUUGGCCGGCAUGUCCCGAAGCGUAACUGUAGCAGUUGCCUACAUCAUGUCCGUGUCCAAUCUCAACUGGAAAGAAGCGCUCAAAGUUGUCAGAGCCGGUAGAGCUGUUGCUAAUCCAAACUUAGGCUUCCAGAAACAAUUGGAAGAUUUCGAGUGCACCAAAAUCUUGGAGGGGCGGCCUAGUGGACCUUUUGAAACCUAUCAAUUCAUACAUGUUGCCAAACUAUUUGGGAUUUUCUACUCUCAUAAUUCCAUUUUUGUACGUACAUUUAACAUUGCCCCAAAAAUUCCAAAUCAGCACUAUACUGAGAAACCCAUAACACCAAAUUACAAACACACUAAUCCUGAGUACUUUUUGAGAAAUGAAUUAUAUUCGCUGGAGAUUUCCUGA